AGCUGCAGUCCUCCUCUCAGUUAAUAAUUCUUUCUUUCCUUCCCUUUCUCUCUCUCUCUCUGUAACCUCUUCGCUCCCUCGCGCCUCCCGAAACCCAGAAACCCUUCUUCCCCUCUUCUUCCAUCCAGCCAGCAAAUCCCACAAAACCCCCUUCCCAAAACCCGCCUCCUGACCCAGCGAGAGACUCGCCGCCCGAUCUCGAAUUCGAAGCUUCCUCGGUCGGAAGGUUGCAGUUCUACACAUGGAUUCAGAUCAGGGGAAGCUUUUCAUUGGCGGGAUUUCAUGGGAGACGUCGGAGGAGAAGCUCAAGGACCACUUCGGUCAAUACGGCGACGUCCUGCAGACUGCGGUCAUGCGGGACAAAACCACCGGCAGGCCCAGGGGGUUUGGGUUUGUCGUGUUCGCUGAGCCUUCCGUUCUCGAUAGGGUUCUGCAGGAUCAGCACACCAUUGAUGGUAGAACGGUUGAGGCAAAAAGGGCUCUCUCAAGAGAGGAGCAGCAAACCAAUGUCAAAACUGGGAAUUCAAAUUCUGCUAGAAGCACCGGUGGUGGUGGCGGUGGAUAUGUUAGGACCAAAAAGAUUUUUGUCGGCGGAUUGCCUCCCUCAUUGACCGAAGAUGGCUUCCGCCAAUAUUUUGAAUCUUAUGGCCAUGUGACUGAUGUAGUAAUCAUGUAUGACCAAAACACACAGCGGCCACGUGGGUUCGGAUUUAUUUCCUUUGAAUCCGAGGAUUCGGUCGAUCGAGUUUUGCACAAAACAUUUCAUGAUGUGAACGGGAAGCAAGUGGAAGUGAAGCGGGCUCUUCCUAAAGAUGCCAAUCCUGGUGGAGGCAGUCGCUCUUCCAUGGGUGGUAGUGCUGGUGGUGGUAGUUAUCAAAGCUAUGGCGCUUCUGGUGGGAAUGCAGUUGGCUCAUAUGAUGGUAGAAUGGAUUCAAUGAGGUAUAUGCAGCCCCAGGCAGCUGGAGGAGGAUAUCCUCCUUAUGCAUCAUCUGGAUACAGUGGACCUGGGUAUGGUUACAGUGCUGCUGCAAGCACUGGAGUCGGGUAUGGUGGCUAUGGAGCCUAUGGUGGUGCUAUUGCUGGGUAUGGGGCCCCAGCAGGCGCAGCUUAUGGAAACCCCAAUCUACCAAAUGCUGGAUAUGGUAGUGGUCCACCUGGCGCUCCUAGAAGUUCAUGGAAUAAUCAAGCUACCCCUGGUUAUGGUGCUAUGGGCUAUGGAGGUGGUGCUGCUAGCGGUGGCCCAGGGUCGACUCCAACAGGCCAAACACCUACUGGACCUGGUGGGUAUAAUCAAGCAUAUGGAUAUGCUAGCUAUGGGGCAAAUGAUGGGUCUUAUGGGAAUCCAGCUGGUUAUGGUGCUGUUGGAGGAAGGUCAGGUGGUACUCCGACUAGUACUCCUGGAGAACUACAGGGUAAUGGAGGAGGAUAUGGGGGCAGUGGUUAUGGUGAUGCAAAUGGGAGUGCAGGAUAUGGUAAUGCAGCAUGGAGUUCCGAGUCAUCACAAGGUUCUGGGAACUAUGGAUCACAAGCUAAUGGUGGUGCUCACAGUAGUCAGGUUGCUUAUGGUGGUGGUGGUGGCUAUGGAAGUGCUCCGGCUCGACAAGGUCAACAACAUUGAUAUUGUGGGUACAUCUUCAACAUCUAGUGCUCUGUGUGUGUUCCUGAUGCGAUGAUGCUGGCUCAAAGUUGGAUAGAGAUUCACUCUGGGGACGCUGGUUGGAUUGCUUAAUCCCAGUAGUUUGCACUACCUAUUUUGCUAGUAGUACAUCUAAUAAGUAGCUUUGUUAUGACAUUUUCGGAUGCCCUUAAUAUUUUGUUUGCUGAGUGUAGCUUUAAUUUGGCUUGCUUAUAUUAUGUCUGCUAUAUUUGCUGUGGAUUUUCUCUUUCUACCGUAGUGUUUGAUUUAGUGUGCAUGACUGCAUGCAACCUUUCUUUCUUUAGUACACAUUAACUCACUAUCAUCUUUGUGACUUCUAACUAGCAAUUGCCAUGAAACCUUUGCAAAACUGGAGGUUAGAUAUGCUUGAUGCAGAAUGAGAUAUAGAGAUGAGUAGAAGACCCUUUGUUCUGUGAUAGCACUGAAGCAAGGAGACGGGUUGGUAGACGGGUAGCGAUAAAGAUAGCUAGCGGUAGUUAUCACUUUUGAGGAUGGCAUAAUCAUUUUCCCCCGCUCUAUUUGUUGCACUUUGUGUUUGUACAGGAGGAGAUGCUCGAGUUCAAAAGGUGGUGUCGAAAAUGCCCACUCUUCGGCUGAACCCGAGCUUUCAAAUUCAUGUGGGGGUAUAUUCAGAGUUUGGGUGGUUUUUUGCCCCAGCAACCGAGUGGAUGGAAUUUGAGAGGAGUUUUUGGUUGAGAUUGCAAGCUCAAUUCCUUGGUGCAGAUUCUUGGCAUACCUGGUGGGCUGCUGCAUAUUUGUGAGGCAGAAAAAAAAGAUUGUGGUACGCUGCCUUUAGCAGAUGGCAGAGUUUUGUCUGAAGCUCAUGCAAUCUAAUUGUUUAGGCUAUACAUUCAUUAGUUGGUUACUAGAAGUGCAGUGGGGAAUUGGAAUGAAAUCAAUGAGUGGAUUCUUGAUGGUCCUGAGAAGUUUCUUAUCCUAUUCUCGCUGAAAUGUUGGUCGAAUCUAUCUAACCAGUCAUCUAUUGAGUCACGUUUAUCAGCAUUAUGCAUCGUUGUGUCUGAAUGUUCGUCUUUUGGGCAUUAAGACGCGUGCAGUAGUAGUAUGUGCUUAUGGUUUAUGCUUGCA